AUGGGCAACAAACAAGGAAAGAAAACUUUGAGUCAAUCUGGUUGUGAUCAACAAACAGCCGACGAUGAUCUAGGUUCACUUGUUACGAACAAACGUCGAGUAACGAAAGGGCACCAUUCUAAAAAUCAUGGAGUGUAUUCUUCUCGGAGCGUAGUGCUGCAAUCGAUUGUUCCCAAAGAAAUUCCUUAUGAUUUAUCUCCGUUAGAAUCAAAAUUGUUAUUUCAAGAACAUCAUAAUUCAGAGUUUAAUGAACUGAUAGUACAAUCACAAAAGUACAACAAGUUACCGAAUCAUGGCAUUUACAAGGCUGCUAUUUUGGAAUGUGAUAUAGUGGUUUUAACGUAUAGUGGCUCAGUCCAUGUCUUUCGCCCUUCCGAAAAUAAGUGGUUGGACGUUGAUGUAGGAGGAAAUUAUAUUGUUGAUUUGGAAGUAUCAGAAGUGAAUGUAUUUUGCAUUUCAGCAAAUGGCAUGUAUGCAUUUUCUACUUAUAAUAGCUGGGGACAAACUGGAACAGGGUCAAGUCAGUCUCAAACACUUUCUUCGCAGAAUCUUAUUUCCGCCCAAAAGGUUCCCACUUCAGAAGGAGUUCUUUUUGGUAGCGCCUACUCGGGCUAUGGUCACACCUAUUUCUUAACAGUCCCAGACCGAAGAUUAUUCGCUGCAGGUAACACGGGAUUGGCACAAAUGGGUCGGAAUGAGAGCACUGACAGAGAUUUUUUCAUACCUGUAGAAUUGAAAGAUUUUAAGGGAAAAUCUGUCAAGAUCAUUGCUUCAGGCUAUGCCUAUUGCUUGUUGGUGUUAACUGAUAACCAAGGAUAUGUUUUUGGAUCAAAUGAUUAUCAACAAUGUGGAUAUGCCACUCCAGCCAAAAUCUUCGAACCAUUGCCUCUUAAUGUUCCAUCAGAUGCUCCUAUCAAGGGAUUGAGCGCAGGACAAUGGGUGUCUCUAGCUCUUACUGAGGCGAAUGAAGUAUUUGUAACAGGCAAAGUGGCUUCCGAAGUCCAGUACGCAGGAUGGACAAAAAUUGAUUUACAAAAACACGGUAUUCCCAGUAACUCAUUAUUUGAUGCUUACAUUGUUCAAAAUGUUGUAUAUUUAUUAUCGCAAGAUUCAUUCACAAUUAUCGGAUCUGGUUCUGUGACUCAUCCUUUAUCUUCAUUCAAAUUUAAUGUAAAUGUAGAAUCUCGUAAAGAUGUAAAGUAUCGAGUAUAUCCCAAGAACCGAAGUGGUGCGACGAAUUUCUACCUAUUUUUCUACGUAGAUUUGGAUUCCACCAUUCAGAAUCACUUUAUUUUCAAAUUUAAUGAAAAGAUUGAUUUGUGUGACGUGACAAUUAUUACCAAUGAACGAUCAUUGACCGAUACCUACGAUGAAUACAAAGAAAUUCUCGAGCUUGAGAACAAAAUCUCUCACGCAUCCAUUGAUGAGAAAGAUUGA